UUUGUAUUAACAUCACAUCUGCUUUUGAAGUAAACUGGAUAGAAUACACAUCCAUAUUCUUGUAUCACAACUCACAAGCUAGGGAGAAACUAGAAAGGCGAAUAAAUUUUUUGGAACUUCAUCUUCAAUCUAGUCCACAGAGUGAGGUUAACGGAGAAGAUGAAUGAAAUGAAGAAAGCAGAGCUCGUGUUCAUUCCUUCACCAGGGAUGGGUCAUUUAGUAUCAAGUGUCGAACUAGCAAAGCUUCUCAUUGAACGUGAGGAACAAUUGUCGAUUACUGUUCUAAUUAUGAAGCUGCCCUUUGAUACAAAGAUCAUUAGCUACAGAAAUUCAUUGUCAGCGUCUUUGAGUUCGCGCAUAAGGUUCCUUGAGCUCAUCAAAGAAGAGCCUUCUUCACAAUUGACAUUUUCUCAUUCAUUUCUGUUUCAAUUUAUCGACAGCCAUAAAAGUUGUUUGAAGGAGGUUCUUGCUGAAAUAUCCAAUUCUGUUUCGUCUGAUCUCAGUGGAAUUGUCAUAGAUAUGUUUUGCACCUCCUUCAUUGAUGUAGCCAAUGAAUUUGGAGUUCCUAGCUAUAUAUUCUACACAUCUGGUGCUGCGAUGCUUGGCCUUGUAUUCCAUUUGCAAAGUCUGAGAGAUGAUCUCAAACAAGAUUUGAGACGUUAUGAGAAUUCGGACGUUCAUUUAGCUGUGCCUACUUACAUCAAUCCUGUUCCAGCUAAAGUUUUGCCUUCGGGACUAUUUGACAAGGAAGGAAUUGGCGACAUAAUCCUCAAUCAGGUCAGAAGAUUCAAGGGGACCAAGGGAAUCAUAGUUAACACUUUCCUUGAGCUAGAAUCCCAUGCGAUUCACGCCUUGAGCAAUGAUAAAACCGUCCCACCAGUAUAUGCAGUAGGGCCUGUAUUGAAUCUGAAGGGAAGCAAUAGUCAAAAUCAAGAAACUGAGAUGAUUAUGAAAUGGCUCGAUCUUCAGCCAGAAUGUUCUGUUGUGUUCCUUUGCUUUGGUAGUGGAGGUAGUUUUGAUGGUGACCAAGUGAAGGAAAUUGCCCAUGCACUCGAGUGCAGUGGAUAUCGAUUCCUCUGGUCAUUGAGAAGGCCUCCACCUAAAGAAACAUUUGAGUUUCCCGGUGAGUAUGAGAACCUGGAUGAAGUCUUGCCAGAAGGGUUCUUGCCGCGAACUGCUGCGGUUGGAAAAGUUAUUGGAUGGGCACCACAGGCGGCAGUUCUAUCCCAUCCUGCUGUGGGGGGCUUUGUUUCUCACUGUGGUUGGAACUCAAUAUUGGAAAGCGUUUGGUGCGGUGUGCCAGUGGCAACUUGGCCGCUUUAUGCUGAGCAGCAGACAAAUGCGUUCUUAAUGGUGAAGGACUUGGCAACGGCAGUGGAGAUCAAAAUAGAUUUCAAAAAAGAUCUGCUACUGGGUGUGAGUAGUGAGAUUUUGACUGCAAAUGUGAUUGAAAGAGGGAUUAAACAUCUGAUGGAUCCUGAGAAUGAAAUCAGAGAGAAGGUAAAGGAAAUCAAAGAAAAGAGCAGAUUGACUCUAAAUGAAGGAGGAUCAUCCUAUGCUUACUUGAAGUGCUUUCUCGAAGAUGUAAUAAAUAGUAUUCCAUAAUUGUUUGUCAGAUCUCAAUUGUUAUAAUGUAUUGCAUAAUUGAUUCUUUUUCUUAAAUCCAGAGCUGAAGGUCAACCAUUA